GGACAAACAGGGGAAGACGUUAGCUUUGGAUGUAAAGAUGUAGAAUUAAGGUUGUUGUUUUGCUUGAGGUAGAUUUGUUUUGUUAUGAAUUUCGUCAUGAAAACAACAUAUGUUUUGUUUUUUUUCUCUCUUGCGGGUUCUCACUUUUGUUCUUGUAGGGUGUUCAAUUUAAAAAAUGUCGCAAUCAACAGUAGAUGUUUCGGCAAAGGGUGGGUUUAGCUUCGACUUGUGUAAGAGAAAUGAGAUGCUUACACAAAAGGGUCUUAAAGCUCCGUCUUUCUUGAAGACCGGAACAACCAUUGUCGGUUUGAUUUUCAAGGAUGGUGUGAUACUAGGGGCAGAUACCCGAGCGACCGAGGGGCCCAUUGUUGCUGAUAAAAACUGUGAAAAGAUUCACUAUAUGGCACCAAACAUAUAUUGUUGUGGUGCAGGAACCGCGGCUGACACUGAAGCAGUUACUGAUAUGGUCAGCUCACAGCUGCGAUUGCAUCGUUACGAGACUGGUCGUGACUCUCGGGUUAUUACUGCUUUAACUCUCCUCAAAAAACAUCUUUUCAGCUAUCAAGGUCAUGUCUCUGCUGCGCUUGUGCUUGGUGGAGUUGAUAUCACUGGCCCACAUCUGCAUACUAUUGACCCAAACGGUUUAACUGAAACUCUUCCAUUUGCUACAAUGGGUUCUGGUUCUCUUGCUGCUAUGUCUGUGUUUGAGGCGAAGUACAAAGAAGGCCUAACUAGGGAUGAAGGAAUUAAGUUGGUCGCUGAAGCCAUAUGCUCUGGUAUAUUCAAUGACCUGGGUAGUGGUAGCAACGUAGACAUCUGCGUGAUCACAAAGGGGAACAAGGAAUACCUGAGGAAUUACAUGGAACCAAACCCAAGAACCUAUGUCAGCAGCAAAGGCUAUUCCUUCACCAAGAAAACCGAGGUUCUUCUUACCAAAAUCACCCCAUUGCUGGAGCGAGUCGAAAUUACAGAAGUCGGUGAAGCUAUGGAGGAAUGAAUGAAUCGAUAUCAAAUCUCUGAUUUUCCCAUGUUUAAGGAUCUUGUUACUCUAAUUCUGUCUUUCUUUCGAAUCCUAUAAAAAAACAACUUUCUUACCGGCUAGUUCAACUUUGGUUUGUGCAAAUCGUACCGGCUGGUUUACCAAAUUCUCUUUUUCCGUU